CCAUCAUCUCUUUGUACCUGAGGCACUUUGAUCAGGUGCAUCCAAGUGUGGCGACGAGCUGUCACCGAGCGUCUGUUAAAAACAAGGAGUUGCGAGGAAAACUCCCUGACAACGGAGCCUGUGGCGUUUGGCUGAAGCCAGCGGCGUUUGCUCACUUGUCUUUUGUUAAACGUUCACUAAUAGUCGCUGACGUGUGCAGCCUGCGCGGCUCCAAGUGGUGUGCACCUUCCGAGAGAUGCCCAGAUCUAAGUAGAGGAAAUACGGAUUUCGAUCUGAAACUCUCCUGAUUUAAACCAUCUGAGAGCCGAGGUCCCGGGUUCUCCCAGAGUGCAGUCCGAAUCGUUAGACUUUGGGAGAAAAGAGACUUUUGUUAAAAAUCAGAUGCAGAAGCAAUGGAGCUGAGCUGCCACGAAGUACCAAUAUAUGGUCAACAGUCUUUGGUAGCAGUGUUUGAAGCAACCUGUCCCGUACCUGAGGGUGCUGAAUGGUACUUUGUAUAUGAGGGUUCACGCCAGAAUCAUGUAACUGUGGCACAGAGACUUAAUGCUAAAAUACUGCAGUCAGUUGUUCCAGGUCAUGAUACUUCAGAAGAUGUUACAGUUUCUGCCUGUAUGUUCACAGAGGCAAAAUCAGUAUCUAUCCUUGGGUGCAGCAGGAUAAAAUACGUUGAGGAUGUAGCAUCUAAACUAACUCAGGUUCUCAUUGAAAGUGCCGGGAUGGUGGAUUGCACUAGCCACCUGACUCUGCUUGAACAAUUUGGCCUCACCAGAGAGGCUGCACAGUCUUUAGAUGAAAAUAUGACAGCUGCCAUUGAGAACUUGGAAUUACCACCAUCUUGGAAUCUGCUUGGAAAGUGGGCAGGAAAAGAGAUAUGCUACAAGGAAACCCUGCUACAUGUUUCAGUGAGACUAGGUCUUUAUAAAUUCUCUCAGUUUUUACUGUGCCAACCUGGUGGUAUGCAAGCUGCCAUUGUGCCCAAUGAGGAAGGAGUGAUGCCCAUAGACUUAGCAUUACAGAAUGGGAUGCAUUGCCUCGUUGAAUUUUUGAAAGACAUUGAGAAUUCCCGAGUCACACCAUCAGUUGGAAUCUCAAAGACUUAUGGUGACAGCCACAAACUACAGAAGCGCAGAAGUGGACCAAACACUUUUAUACUGACUGUGGCUAACAAGAUAAGGCAUUCACUGGAGUCAGAUAUUCUGCUUCUGCGGGAAUAUAUACAUGAUGCUAACUUGGAGAAUAUGGUACCUUACCAGGGAAAUGCAAAAAUGGAUGAACUGAAGUUGAAUCAUCUCUGUACAGAGGAGGGCCGUAGUGAAGUAAAAGAAGAACAAGAUCUUUGCUGUGAACCAUUUACCAAUGAAUCUGGUCAGUCGAUGGGAAGCACAGAGAAGGAGACCUGUGUUGAGUACGUUAGCACUCUGGGAGAUCAAGCAGGUUUAUUGCUGGAUGAAGUGGAUCAGGCAUUAAUUGAUACAGAGUGCAAACAUUCUUCACAAGAAAUCAUCAAGAAGUCAAAAUCAGGUUCAUCUACCUUCUUGGCUGCAGCAAGACUUUCUUCCAUGCUGAGCGGCAGAGAAGAAGUUUAUGUCAAUUCUAUGGUUGUAGAUCAGGUUAAUGAAGGCAGUCUAAACUAUAAUAGUAGCAAUGUUACCACCGUAAGUACCAGUACUACUAACAUACUGCAUGAGAAGUCAUCUGAGGACCAACAUUGCCAUGCUUAUGAUGUCCCUCAGUCUAUGGAGUCCAAUAUACCUGCAUCAUUAGAAGAUAAUAUACUUAGGAAGCAUUCAAGUGACUGGCUUGAGGACCAUAUAGACACCACAGUUCUGAAGGAAGAUCGGAAUGAUUUUGCGGAACAAGUUUCUGAUUUAUCUUCACCUGAUCGUAUUUUAUGCCAAUCGUCAUUACUAUCUGAGCAGCAUGAUUCUGUCAAGGCAGAAAGUCCUUCCACAAGCAUCAUCUGUAAGCAAAGGUUCAGCUUUGAUGGCAUUGAUGCAGAUAGCGAAGGAGAAGAAGUUUCAGACAGGUCUCAGGGCUCAUGCACUCCAAAAUCUCCAAACUCUGUUGCAUUAUUUGCCAGCAGUGGAGAUGAACUGGAUUCUUUUGAGAUUCACCAGGAAACUGAGAUAAACAUCAAGGAAUCACAAUUGAGGCCUUCAUCCAACGGUUUAUUGCCAAAGGAGUCUGAAGAUACUGGAAUUCGGCUGAGAUCAUACUCGCUUUCCUCUCCUAAAGUCUCUCAAAGCAAAUCUCGAUUCAUAAGGGAUUUUGGCAUGUUUGAUUCUACAAAUGAAGAUGGUGUUUUCAGCAGUGGACGAUCCCUUCUUCAAGCACUGUCACUGUCUAAAUCAGUUUCUCUGCUACACCCUGGUAAACAGCGAACCUUCAGCCUGCCUGAGCAUCCGAAAGAAAAAAGGGAACUUAGUUUUCGCAAACGGGCACAGUCAGCUGAUGAGGAAGGCUGUUCGGAGCUAGCAGACUCGCUGCAGCAUCUGACUUUGUCGGAGUUUCUAAAAGAAAUUGAAGAGGAAGAGUGGGACAAGUACAUUAUUCCUUCAAAAGCAGAGACUGAAAAAUAUAAAGUGAGUCGUACGUUCAGCUUCCUCAAAAACAGAAUGACGAGCACCAGGAAUAAGGGCAAGGGGAAGCACAAAGAUGCCAAGGAAAAAGAGAAAUGGAGCAACGGCCACCAAUUCAUUGCAGGAAUUAUUUCAGGGACACUACAAUGCAUGGUUUGUGACAAGCUUGUUGGUGGAAAGGACGUUCUGCAAUGCUUCAAUUGUACCAUGAGUAUUCAUAAAAGUUGCAGAGAUUCUGUUCCUAUGUGUAUUAAGGCCAAGUAUCCAAAUCUUCAAGACAAAUGUCACAUAGUCUCACGAAGCAAACCAACCCAGUGUGUGCACUCAAAUUCACUUAAGGAUGCUUCACAGUCUGCAUUCCUAUCAAUGAACUCCACCUCAUCAUCCUUGCCUAUUGGACUUUCUGCUCUCAAACGAGAAAUCUCGCUACAACAUCAGCCAUUGUCAAAGAGUGCUUCUAGCAUUGGUAUAGACAGAAGAAUCAUGGAGUCGAUGGACAUAGAGGUGGAUAGCUAUGUUUCCAGGAACAAAUCACAGUCUGAGGAACUGUUUCAAACAAUGGACUCCUCUCCUUCAACAGAAUCGCUUGCAUUAGAGGAUAAUGUAGUCCCUUCAGUGCGUGGAGACCUUGAGUUUGAUGCACAGGAGUUUAAAGCUGAGUCCUGGAGUCUUGCUGUUGAUCAUGCAUUUAGUAGUAAACAACAGAAAGAUCUGAUAAAGCGACAAGAUGUUAUUUACGAGCUGAUGCAGACAGAGAUGCACCACAUUCGGACACUGGAGAUAAUGUCAGAAAUUUUUAGGAAAGGCAUGAAGGAGGAGCUGCAAUUAGAUCACAAUACCAUUGACAAACUAUUUCCAUCUUUAGAUGAGCUCUUAGAGAUUCACAAGCAGUUUUUUUUCUGCUUAAAAGAGAGAAGGCGGGAGUCUUUCGAGGAGGACAGUGAAAGGAACUUUUUUAUCAAUAGGAUUGGCGAUAUCCUUUUACAACAGUUUGCAGAUGAAAACGGCAAUAAAUUGAAGCAAACCUAUGGUGAUUUCUGUAGCCACCACAAAGAGGCAGUUAGUUUCUUUAAAGAACUUCAGCAACAAAAUAAGAAAUUCCAAAACUUUAUCAGGCAACAAAGCAACAAUCUGCUGGUCCGACGCCUUGGUGUACCAGAGUGUAUACUUCUUGUUACCCAGCGGAUCACCAAGUAUCCAGUCCUGCUUGAGCGAAUACUGCAGUACACAAAAGAAGGAUCAGACGAGAAUGAGGAUGUGGCAAAAUCUCUGAGUUUGAUAAAGGACAUAAUAGCAGCGGUUGAUACCAAAGUCAACAAAUAUGAGAAAGAGCAAAAGCUAUUGGACAUCUUAAAUAAGUUUGAAAACAAAACAUAUGCCAAGUUAAAGAAUGGCCGUAUAUUCCGGAAACAGGACCUGGUCAACAAAGGGAGGGAGUUACAGCAUGAGGGCUCCAUGUUUUGGAAAACAGCCACAGGACGAUUGAAAGAUAUUACAGCUCUGCUUCUUACUGAUGUGCUGAUUUUCCUGCAGGAAAAAGACCAAAAGUAUACUUUUGCAACUGUGGACCAGAAGCCUGCAGUCAUCUUGCUGCAAAAAUUAAUUGUCCGAGAAGUAGCCAAUGAAGAACGAGGAAUGUUCUUAAUUAGUGCUUCAUCUGCUGGACCCGAAAUGUAUGAAAUGCACACAAACUCAAAAGAGGAUAGGAAUAACUGGAUGAGAUUGAUCCGAAUGGCAGUAGAGAGCUGUCCUGAAGAGGAGGAAGAACGUUUAAGUGAGUAUGAAGAGGACAAGCGCAUUGCUGAGGCAAGAGCAGCCAGGACCCGGAAAUUCCAAGAGCGACUGAGAUUCCAGGAUCAGCUAGUUUGCAGCAGUUUGGAGGAGAAGCUCCAAAUCUAUGCAGAGGUGGCUGAAAGAAAUGGCUAUGAAGAAGCAGGUCAGGAAACGCAGCUUUUGAUCAAACCAGAUACCAUUGAAUUUCCACAAGCUGGAUUUUUAUUGACUGCUGCAGUCAGGGAGGCUGAAGGUCUGUUUAGCCUACUGACCUCUCAACCAUGCAACUUCACUCAACAGGAAAAUUUGGAAGAGUCAGUGAUGCCACACAGACUGGAGUUGCUUGGGAGCUUUGGUUUGGAAGCUUCACCACCAUCUAUGUAUACACCUGAUACUAGGAUCCCAAGUCCUCAGUUAUCAGUUGCAGAUCCAAUGAUGAAACAGACAGGAAGUGUAUGGUAUGGCUUUGACACUCCAUUUUUGCAGACAGAUGGUGAACUCUACAGACCUAGAUCACAUGACACUGUACAACAGAUUGUUCACAGUGUACAAAAUAUCACUCAGCUUCUUUACAGUUUACAGGCUGUAGUCACCAUACAGGACAGUUACAUAGAAGUGCAGCGGCUAAUAUUGCAGGAGCGUGAGCGAUCAGCUCAUAUCCAAGGCGCCCGAGGGAACAUGCUUCUUGAGCAAGAGAAACAGCGCAACAUGGAGAAGCAAAGAGAAGAACUAGCAAAUGUACGCAAACUUCAGAGCAAGCUGUACCACGAGCAGCAGCGCUGGGAACGAGAAUGUGAACGCAGGCAGCGGGAACAAGAAGCACAAGAGAGUAGACUACAGGAACGUGAGCACGAAUGUCAGCAGAAAGCAGAGCAGAUGUGGCGAGAGAGGGAAGAGUUAGAGAGCCAGUGGAAAGAGUACCAGCAAAAUCUGGAGAGACUGAGGGAAGGCAUGAGAAUGGUGGAAAAGGAAAGAGGCAAAUUGGAAGCACAGCAAAGGCAUGUAAGUGCCUGGAAACACAGCCGGCAGAGGAGCCUACCUGUAAUGAUGAUCCCACAGGAAACCAGUCAGGUUCCAAUUCACACUCGCACAGGAAGCUUGGGCGGUGCAGGAAUAGAUACAGCGUCGGUCUUUGUAAAUGAGGCUGCACUCCAGUAUUCACCAAACAAUUACCAAAGACCAAACAGUGUACAGACAUUUUCUGAAUCUCACAAAGUGGAAAGUGCCUUGAACUCCAUUGUUAGGAUUAAUGAAAACUUGAAACACGAAGUUCCUGUUCAGCUUCUCAGUGCAACUAAUCAGCUUCUGAAACCUACAGGCAUCCAGCAACAGAUACCAACAAAAUUGGCAAGUUUCUCUAAAGGAAACAGGGAGAAAACAAAAGCUUUCUGUGACCAAGCUAACUAUAUAAAAGAAAUGGUUUACACUAAAGAUAAUCCUGAUAAAGCAAGUGUUUCUUCAAGUCACGUGUUACUGGAGCAUCAAAGUGUUAUUUUCCAUUCAGAUCUGAAUACCAAACAAAAAACCUUGUCUGUUCGAAAACCAGCUUCAGGCACUCUGCAUCAGGGGGGUUUACAGUCACAGCGUGAAAUGCAGCUGUUAGUUCAAGAAUGCUCAUAUGUCCCACAGGAAAGCAAACAUGGACAAGAAGAUGGGGCUGAAGAGGAGAACGUAUUCUACUUCUGAAAGUUCUUCAAUAUUAGAACUUUUGAGUCAAACUAGAACAACAUAUGGCCACCUUGACCUCUUGGUCCAUUUCAGUUAAGUGUUACAUCUAGAGAAAUCUGGCAGUUAAUUCUUUACUCAGCCUUAUAGUCCCAGAUAUGCUUA